AUAGAAGGGGCAUGUGUGAACUGGCGAAUCAAACUCGAUCUCUUUCUACAAAUCUAAACACCAUCACUUGUUUUUAUUCCUUUCUUAAUCCAAUACUUGUUGUAUUAAAACUGAAAGAAAGCUUACUCAUCAUUCGAACUAUAUAUACAACAAAAUAUAGGCCAACAGCAGAGUACACACCUACACGUAGAUAUCGAGAGAGAGAGAGAUGUCGGAUUGGGGGCCAGUGUUGAUAGCAGUGGUGCUGUUUGUGCUGUUGAGUCCAGGGCUACUGUUUCAGUUACCUGGUAGGCACAGAGUUGUGGAGUUUGGGAACAUGCACACAAGUGGCCUCUCCAUUCUUGUUCAUACAAUCCUCUAUUUUGGACUCAUUACCGUCUUCCUUAUUGCUAUCGGAGUUCACAUCCACACUGCCUAAUUAGUUUUCUCGUUGUUUCCUUUCUGCUAAUUGGGCUUUUCUUGUUUUUUUUUUUUUUUAGUUCAUUGUUGUUUUCUCUUAAUACAACUCUACUAAUUAAAUUGUCUUAUUUGCACUUCUAGGGAAUUAUAAAUCAAAUUGGCAUUUUUCUUUUCUAGAAAUAUUGUUAGUAAUAAUAUCUGUUACUUGUGUGACAUUGAUCUUUUAUUUGU